AUGACCCACAUAGGAAAAGUCGGUGAGUUUAAUGAGAGCACAGAAAGCUUCGCGAAUUAUGUGGAGAGACUUGAACAAUUUUUCGCGGCAAAUGAAGUUAAGGACCAAAAGAAAGUAGCUGUAUUUUUGUCGAUUAUUGGUCCAACGACUUAUGGAGUUUUGAAAAAUUUAGUGCAACCAGCCUUGCCGAAAGAAAAAGAGUACAAAGAUUUAGUGCAAGUGUUGCGGGGGUAUUACAUGCCCAAACCGUUAGUUAUUUCUGAAAGAUUUAAAUUCAAUAAGAGAAACCAGAAGGAGGGUGAAAGUGUUUACUCGUAUGUAAUUGAGUUAAAGAGGCUAUCUACACAUUGUGAGUUUGGAGAAUUUCUGCCUGAAGCACUUAGAGAUCGACUGGUUUGUGGGUUACGGUCAGAAGCAAUACAGAAAAAGUUGUUAUCAGAGACGGAACUGGAUUUCGAUAAAGCGGUCAAGAUUGCGUAUGCCAUGGAAACGGCUGAAAAAGACACAUUGGCAUUUUUGACUCCUGAUCCAGGAAUACACAGUAUGGAAACAAAAUAUUCAGGGAGGAAAUCUGAGAACCGAAAGAAAUUUCAAAGACAAUAUUCGGAGGAAUGUUACCGAUGUGGGAAUAACCAUAACCCGAAGGAGUGUAAAUUCAAAGACAGCAAGUGUUUCAAGUGUCAGAAAAUUGGCCAUAUAGCAAAGAAGUGUCACAUGAAAAAAAAAUCAGAAAAAUCAACACUGUUUGUGGCCAAGCCAGAUGAUGAGACAUCAGAUUCAUCAGACAGCAUUUGUUCUAUUUUCUGUACCAAUGAAAAAGACCAUAGCAGAAGGAAGUUGACGGUGAACAUAACAGUGGGAGAUGAAGAGGUAGAAUUUUUGAUUGACACCGGGAGCGUUCGUACCAUUGUAGGUGAGGCAGUUUACCAGAGACAUUUAGAGCAUUUCAAGCUCACAAAAACAGAUACUGUACUUCGUUCAUAUACUGGAGAUGAAAUCGGGCUGCUGGGAGUGUGUCAUGUUCCUGUAAAGUACCAGGAUCAAGAGUUCGUUGAGCUACCAUUGCUAGUUGCCCAAGGACAGCGACCAAGUUUAUUGGGGAGGGACUGGCUGUCAAAAAUAAAACUCAACUGGCAAGAAGUCUUUGCAGUCAGUAUGAAUGAAAUGGAGACCCUAAGGAGAGAGUAUAGUGACCUAUUCUUGCCAAGCACAGAACCAAUAAAGGAUUUUAAAGCACAGAUAAGGUUGAAGGAGGACGGACAUCCAAUAUUUUGCAAAGCACGCACAGUACCCUAUGCUAUUAAAGAACAAGUGGAAAUGGAACUGAGAAAACUAGUUGAGCGAGGUGUUCUUCAGAAAGUAAAAAAUAGCUCCUGGGCUGCAACUGUAGUAGUGGUUCCAAAGGCAGACCAGUCAGUGAGGAUUUGUGGAGACUAUAAGAUGACAGUUAAUCGGUUUAUCAGUGAGGAGCAGUACCCACUGCCCAACACAGAUGACAUGUUUGCUAGCUUAGCAGGUGGAAAAAAAUUUACAAAAUUGGAUCUAAGUCAAGCCUAUUCUCAGCUAGAAUUGGACAGAGAAUCUCAAGAAUGUCUAACCAUUAAUACUCACCUUGGACUCUUUCGAUAUGCCCGGCUACCUUAUGGAGUUAGUUCUGCAAGCGCAAUAUUUCAGUCAGUUACGGACCAAGUCCUAUUGGGAUUAGAUCAUGUGGUAUGUCGGAUAGAUGACAUUCUCAUUACAGCGGCGGAUGAUACUACUCACCUGAAUACGCUUCGAGAAGUAUUUCGACGUUUGCGAAAGCAUAACAUUAAGUUGAAAGCAGAAAAGUGCGAGUUUUUUGCAGACCAAGUGGUUUAUAUGGGGUUCCUGCUAGAUCACAAUGGAGUACACCCAACAGAAGAAAAGGUUAAGGCCAUAAAUGAUGCACCUAGACCUACUGGAGUAAAGGAGUUAAAAGCUUUUCUUGGGUUGUUGAAUUACUAUGGUGCUUUUCUGCCAAACUUAAGUACCGAGUUAAACCCACUCCACAAGUUGUUAAAGAAGCAUGAACCGUGGAAUUGGACGGCUGACUGUGAGGAGAGUUUUAAUGUCUGUAAAAAGAUGAUCACUGAGAGUGAACUUUUAGUGUUUUACGACUCCAAGAAACCUCUCCGAUUAUCGUGCGACUCAUCUUCCUAUGGAGUUGGAGCAGUAAUAUCGCAUGUAAUGAAAGAUGGCUCAGAGAGACCAAUAGCUUUUGCCUCCAGAACACUGAGUGAAACCGAGAGACGGUAUGCUCAAAUAGAAAAAGAGGCACUGUCAUUAGUUUUUGGAGUAAAGAAAUUCCAUAAGUACUUGUUUGGACGCAAAUUCACAUUGGUAACAGAUCACAAACCGUUGUUGUCAAUUCUGGGACCAAAAAAGGGUGUUCCCCCAUUAGCUGCAGCCAGAAUGCAACGUUGGGCACUGAUACUGGCUGCGUAUCAGUAUGACAUUCAGUACAAAUCAUCUGAACAGCAUGGUAAUUGUGAUUCCUUAUCGAGACUACCAUUACAUGAGACAGAACAGGAGGAUACAGAAGAAGGAGUAUUUUCAUUGGAUAUGUACUUACCCAUCUCCAGUCAGGAGAUAGCUAUGGCUACCCGAAGAGACCCGAUUCUGUCUAGGGUGUAUGAUUUCACUCUGAACGGCUGGCCAGCUCAUGUAGAGGAUUCUGAUUUGCAGCCUUUCUUUGAUAGAAGGAAUGAACUUACACUGGAAAAGGGAUUGCUCUUGUGGGGGAUGCGAGUGGUCAUUCCGGACAAGUUUAGAGGUCGCUUGUUGCUAGAGCUGCAUGAUGAACAUUUAGGAAUGUCUCGAACAAAAGCCUUAGCCAGGGGGUAUCUUUGGUGGCCUUAUUUAGACAGGGACAUUGAAGACAUGGUUGAAAGAUGUUCAGCUUGUGCAUCUACUAGAAACACUCCAAAAGAAAGCCCCCUGCAUCCUUGGAUUUGGGCUUCUAGACCGGGGCAACGAGUGCAUAUAGAUUAUGCAGAAUAUAAGGGGCAGUCCUUUCUUGUUAUUGUCGACAGUUAUUCAAAAUGGCUGGAAGUCAUACCAGUGAAGUCCACCACAAGCAGCAAUACCAUAGAGAAGUUAAGAACAUGGUUUGCCUCAGUUGGAAUACCUGAAGAAAUAGUGAGUGACAAUGGGCCCCAGUUUACAUCUUCUGAGUUUCAAGAUUUCAUGAAGCACAGUGGAGUUAAACAUACACUUGUACCGCCCUAUCAUCCUCAGUCAAAUGGGUUGGCUGAAAGAGGAGUACAGAUUCUAAAAAAAGCAUUAAAGAGGCAAGAUUUUGAUGGUCAUAGAUGGUCUCUUCAGCAGCGCCUUGACAACUUUUUGUUAAGGUAUCGCAUAACUCCACAUAGCACUACUGGAACAUCACCGGCAGAAUUAUUUCUUAAGCGCCAGUUAAGAACCCGGUUGAGUUGCAUUAAACCUAAUCUUCGGGAGUCUGUGGAGGAGAAACAGCAAAAGAUGAAAGAACAACAUGAUGGUGGACAGUGUAAAGUCAGGGAAUUUCAGGGAGGUGAACAAGUUCAAGUGAAAACAACUAUUCCAGGACAAAAAUGGAAGUGGAUAUCUGGUGUGAUUCAUAGAAAGUUAGGACCAUUAACUUAUCUUGUACGAGUUGGAAAACGCAUUCGCUAUUGCCACAUAGAUCCUUUAUUAGCAUCGUCUGCUACGAUGCUGGAGCCGGAACUUACACCGCUGCCCUUUGAUGUAGAGUUACCCUCUUUUAAGGAGCCAGGAAUGGAUCGGGCCUUAGUGUCUCCAGAUGAAACAGGAAAGGGAACUCCUGAAAUGGUGGAAACUCAAGAAAAACUUGCGGACUCUGUAAACAAGGAUACCAAGGUGCCUGAUCAGACUGAUGCAGUGCCGGAACGUCGUUAUCCGCUCAGGAUGAGGAAACCCACUAAAAAAUUGGACUUAUAG